AUUAAACAAAAGAAGAAGAAGAAGAAGCAGCAGCAGCAGCAGCAGCAGACUGUCUGGGUAUGUUAGCAGAGUUAGCUUUGUUGUGUCUUCUUAUCUGAGUGUUUGUGUCUCUGCUGCAACAAUGUCUUCAUCUCAGUCUCUGAGAGAGUUUAUCAGGGAGCGACUGACUGCUGCUGCUGAAGAAAUAUUCACAGAGUUUGAUAAAACCAUCGUCCACUACGAGGAAGAGCUGGAUCGUCAGCGCAGACUGCUGGAAAUCAGCUGCAAACCCCACACGAACCUGCAGAGAAUAGUUCUCUCACAGCAUUAUAUUUGGAAGGAGGAGGAGGAGGUUCCCACUGAACAUCACAUCUGCAGCCAGGAGAGUAACUCCAGUUUGGACCAAGAAGAGCCACAAUCUUUUUUGACAGAGGAGGAACUGAAGAAACCCAAAUCUCAACAGAUAAAAGAGAACAGGGCUAAACUAGAACCACCACAAAUAAAGGAGGAACCACAGCAUCCAGCAAUAAAGAACGAAGAGGAGCAACUCUAUAUUAGUCUGGAGAAAGAGCAGCUGGGACAGCAGCAGUCAACUGAUUCCUUUACAGUAGUUGCUGUUUACAAGGAAACAGACCACAGCGAACCAGAAUCAUACAAGGACCAACUCAUCGCUCAGAUUUUCUCUGAGUCUGAGAAACAAAAACAGGAAAGGAGCAACCUUGAAGAUUCAGAAUCAAGCAGAGAUGAAGAAAAUAAGAGCUUUCAGCAAAUGAGAUGUGAUGUUGAGGAUGUGGUCAACAUAGAAGUGGAAAGACGGGAGACAGUGAACACAAUUGACAGUAUUUCAGCUUGUAAAAUUUGUGGUAAAAGUUUUGCUAAGAAGCUUUUGAGUGAUCACAUGAGAAUUCACACUGAUGAGAAGCCUUUCUCAUGUUUGACAGGUGGAAAAAACUUUAGUAAUAGUGCGAGAUUAUACCUGCGAACAAGAACCGAUAGAGAUGAAAAGCCUUUUUCAUGUAUGACUUGUGGAAAAUGUUUUAAUCGCAAAAGUAAUUUGACUGAUCACAUGAAAACUCACACAGGUGAGAAACCUUUUUCCUGUAUGACAUGUGGAAAACGUUUUAAUCGCAAAAGUAAUUUCAUGGUUCACAUUAAAACUCACACAGGUGAGAAACCUUUCUCAUGUAUGACAUGUGGAAAAACUUUCAGCAUGAAAGGAAAUUUAUCUCGGCACUUAAAAUCGCAUACAGGGGAGAAGCCUUUCUCAUGUUUGUAUUGCGGAAGGAAUUUCCGUGAUAGACCAAGUUUAUCUCAGCACAUAAAAAUCCAUACAGGCAAAAAGUGUUUUUCUGUAUGAUUUUUGGACUAUUUUAAUGGGGCAUUCUUCAAAUUAUGUCACAUUUGCCCAGAAACAUUCCGGUUUCCCGGCUGAUCGGACAAGCAGAGGGCAGAGCAAAUGUAGAGACCACAUUCAGGUGUCUGCUCAGAUUCCACAGUAAAGUCCUCUCUGUUACAAGAAUUGUAUCCUACACUGACAUUUCUUAGCAAUCCUUCGAAGUUUUUAAAAAUCCACGGGGGAAAAAACUCCCCUCAUGUGGUCACGGUCAUCAUAUUAUUGUGUAUCAGAGUCCAGUACUGCAGAUGUAAUCAUCCUGCCCUCUGCCCAUCAUGGGUUUUGAUAUGAUUUGUUAAUAUUCUCGUAAAAUAUUUAGUGCAGUUUCUCUUAUUAGUUUUCUGCUAGAACUUUAAUACAGUGUUGUGCUGUUGCUUCAAGAAUGUAAAUGUUUUAUUUUGAAGGUUAAAUUAUUUUCUUGAUGUGUGUUUUAUCUGCUCUCUGCCCAGCUAUCUUUCUUGGUUCGCUGUCUGGGCACAACAUUCAAGUCGCUUGACAGCAAUACUCAAUUUCUCUGUUACUGUAAACAUCAUUGUACCGUAACUGCUCAAAAACACAAAUCUGGAUUGGUUAGACUACCAAAAUAAUCUGUAAUGCUCUGUAGCAAAGCUAGUCCUCCAUAGAUGUCAAUCUUAACCUGCUGUGGCUCACACCUUUUCGUUCAGUUUCAGCAUUAAGUUUAAUUUAGCUCACAUCUGUUCAGUUAAAGUGAACUUGAUCAAACUGAAAAAAAUAUUUUGCUAUUCCCAUAGAUUUAAAAAAAUAUCUUUGGAACAUUUGUUUAAAGCCAUGUAUCCCACAAGUAUUAGCAAGGAGGAAAAAAAGUUUUAUUGUACAGUUAUUUUUAAAAAGGGGGGGGGGAAAAGCAUUAUGAAGGGUUAAAAUAAUUUCUUUACUUAGUGUAUAUGAUGUAAAAUGACAUGUUUUGUAUUGUAGUUUGCUGUUUGUUGGCCAAACUUUAUUACCAUGCAUAUGGGGUCCCAUUUGUAAAGUUACACAGUCAGUUUUUUGGGUAAUUUAGCCUUUCAUAUGAGAUAAUUUUUUAUCAUAUACUUUAUAUAUAAAUUUCACAGUUUGUUACAAAAUACUUGAUUAGAAGCUAAAUAUUUAGUUUGCAAACUAUUUUAUAUAAUUAUUUUAAUAUAUAGCUAAACAUUUAGCUAUUUAGGAUCUACAGUAGGGAGCCUUUCCCAAUUUCCAGGGACAGUCCCCCUUUUAAGCCCCCUGAAUUUGUUUGAGUGAGAACCAAAUGUUGUGCCCAACAAUAUAUAUUUUGAUUGCUGGUCAUGCUGAUGUUAGCAAUAUAGAAAGUAUUACAACCAGAGUUAAGCUUGCCGUUAUGCCACACCUGUUAUCCCUGUGCUCCCCCCCCCCCCUUCUUCCUCCCCAACACCCCAGAAUCACUCCAGUUCCUUCAAACCAUCAUGAAGGAAAUUCUUAUUUUGUAAUUCUCAUGUAGCUGGAAGUGUCCCUGGGUUUCAUUUGAGAAAUCUGGUUAGCUUAAUCUACUAUAUCGUUGUCAUAUAGAUUGUAAUUUGAAAAAUUAUGUCAAUGACUGGAUUGUAUCCUGGCUACCCUGCUAUCCUCACCAAGUUUGUUGUGUUUUGUUUAUUUUAUUUUUUAAAGAGUGAAAUCAGGAAUGAAAGCAAAAACAAUGUAAUGCAAGUAAGCUAUUGUACUUGCUUUCUCAAUAAACGAGUUAAUAUGAAAA